UUGCACCUCACCAAUUACAUGUCGUGGAAGUUAGUCCACCUGAGCAACGGUCCAGAUUUAUUUUCUACGACACACGUGUGCGCCAUCGAAUAACCCAACCACGAGUUAUGCUCAAAUAUAGGUUCAUUCUAUCUUAUAUCCCUCGGAUUAGAAAAGAUCCAGUGCUCCUCACACACCCUACCAUAUCAUAUGAAUCGGCACUCUCUUUGAAAACUGUUAUGCGUUCACCGGCGUCGGAAAGGUCGUCCGGUUCGGGUUCCGGCCAUCGCUAAGGGCACGGAUCGUAAAAUCUUCUCGAAGCUUCUAUGCUAUUACUCAUGUUGAGAGGGUUAUUCUCUCGUUGCAGGAGUUAUUAGGCACCAUUUUUACCACUUGAAGUCAGUCAGCAACAAUUUUUCUGUGGAUUUUUCAGGAAUAUUUUCACCUGCAAAAGUUGAAGCAAAUGUCUUUGCAAAACAAGGGAUUUUGGAUGGUAAAGGGUUCUGGACAAAUUAAUGACAGAGAGACAAUAUUUGAUAAUCCUACCAAAGUUGAACCAAAACGACCUCAUCAAUGGUUUGUUGACGCUGCUGAAGUAGAUUUUUUUCCAAACAAGAAACAAGCUGUAGAAGAUGCAGAUGAAAAAUCUAGUCCUGGAUUUUCAAAUGUAAAUAUUCCUCCCUGGGAGAACAAUCCCAAUUUUCAUUCGGUCCCAAACCAAUUUAUUGGCCGAUUAUUUGGGUCUGAAACCAGGCCUGUCAAUUUCACUGAGAAGAAUACUUCAUAUGUUUUGGCUGAUGAUUCUAAUGUGAGAUCAAAGAUGAUCACCAAUCAAUAUGGAGAUGAUGCAUCUUUUGGUUUGUCUAUAUCUCAUUCUAUUGAAGAUUCUGAAGCAUGUGUAAAUUUUGGUGGAAUAAAAAAAGUCAAAGUAAAUCAGGUAAAGGAAGAUGAUAUACAGGCUCUGGAGGGACAUAAUUUUGGUAGGCCAAAUAAUGGUAAUCUACAUCAGGCCUAUAACAGGGAAGUUGAGACAAGGUCUGCAUCAAUAGGGCAAGCCUUUGACAGGGAUGGUGAUGCUUCUUUAAUGGGACUUACCUACAGCAAAGGGGAUGCACAUGUCAGAUCAUUUAGUGCCCCCUUUGUCAAAGGUGAUGACUCAAUUGUAUCAAUUAGUGAGUCCUAUAAUAAAGAGGACACAAAUAUAAUUUCUUUUGGUGGGUUCCCAGAUGAAAGGGAUAUUAUCUCUGUGGGUAGGCCUGCUGCAGAGUAUGAUCAAUUAUAUAAUCAAUCUUCAGUUCAUGGGUCAACAACAGCCCACGAGAAAGAGUUGGAUGUGUCAAGUUCUGAUGCAGUUGCAAGUACACUUCAGGUAGCAAAAGUUAAGUCUGAAACUGUAUCCAAGAAUAAACAAGAGCUCAAAACAGCAAAGAAUGAAGCUCCAAACAGCUUCCCUUCUAAUGUCAGAAGCUUGAUAUCUACUGGUAUUCUUGAUGGAGUUCCUGUAAAGUAUAUCUCAGUGUCACGAGAGGAACUUCGUGGAAUUAUAAAAGGCUCUGGCUAUCUUUGUGGGUGCCAAUCAUGCAACUAUACAAAGGUUCUGAAUGCUUACGAGUUUGAGAGACAUGCUGGCUGCAAAACAAAACAUCCAAACAAUCAUAUUUAUUUUGAGAAUGGGAAGACUAUUUAUCAAAUAGUACAGGAAUUGAGGAGUACCCCCGAAAGUUUGUUGUUUGAUACAAUUCAAACAGUUUUUGGUGCACCAAUUCAUCAAAAAGCAUUUCGCAACUGGAAAGAAUCAUUUCAAGCAGCAACACGGGAGCUUCAACGCAUUUAUGGAAAGGAAGAACUUAACCUAUAAGUCCCAACCCUUUGUGAAAACGUAACUUAGGAUAGAUUCUAGUGUGCAUAGUAAGAUAUGUCAGUUUUUACCAUUUUUCCUGUGUCUUUAUACGGCUCCGCAACCUUUAGUAAUGUGCACCUUUGGAUGCCUUGCUUAAAAUAUUCGAAGCUUUAUAAGUUAGCUUAUGUACAAAUCAGUACAAGGUGCUUUGGUGGACAGAAUUAUCUAUUACAUUAUCGAUAAAGCUUAUGUUCUUGUGUAAUCAAACGAGCAAGACUUCUAGACUUGUUAA